AUGGACAUCACAGGCAAUUCUCCGUUCCCAAUCUUCGACGACUUCGAACUGGCGCAUAUGAUGAACGAUGGCAAACUCGACCUUAAAGAAUUUCUCCAGCCACGACAGCGAUAUCUACGAGGGAUUUUGCGUUCCCCGAGAUCAUGGUCAUUACGCCCCAUAUACCAGAAUGUCCGGACGGUGAUGGAAAACUCAGGUCGAUCACACGUUAGCCUAGAACGUAGGCGUCUUCAGAACAUCAAUGACUUGCUCGAGCGAAUUGCGAAGCUAGAUAACCAUACCGCCUCGAUAUACACCGCUAUCAAUGACAUUUUCCUGACGAUGCAUGCUCAACAAGGGUCUCUUGAAAAAAGAUUAGCUGUCUUGAGGAAAAACCCGGCGAAGAACGAGAGGCGGAUGCUAGAGCUGAAGAAGACAUACGAGGCUAGUUGGAAGAGCCUGCGGACAGAUCUCAGAGCUCAGAGGGACGUUUUGGCAAUUGAGGAGGAUCUUCGGAAUUCAUUUAUGAAAGAGCUCAAGACCGCUUGCGAGAGGACUGGCGGUAGCGGUAACAGUAGCUGGUGGAAGGGAAACCAUAAACUUGAAUAA